GUCAGGAUAGGCGUCAUGCUACAUAUCAAGAAAUCGUGCACGUAGUGGGGAAAGCCACGUAUGUAACCCUCAUUUGCACGACGGACUAUCACGGAAAAGAAGGAAGUCAAGAUAGCGCCCAACGCUUAAAAUCAUCUCACUAAAGUCGAAGGAGCUCCUUGUGUUUCUAACUUCCUCCUCUUUCAAUUCUCGUUGCUAUCGUUGACCACCCUGCCAUCCUGUGUAAACCACGCCAUACGACAUGUCUUCUUCAAUACCGUCGACGACUAGCGUCUUUCAAAAAUUAAAUCAGCAAAUUUCUACUCCAGCGACAGUUUCGGCCUGCCUUCAGGCCGUGUCUUUGCUGUCUGAGGUUGAGCGCAAGGUCCUUGUGGAGUCCCCUGCCAAGUACCACAUCACACCUACAGACAAGGAGGCAUUCACAACCGCUGCCGUGCGGGCACUAUCCUCAGAUGAUCUGGACCAAGAGCUUGUAGAGGCUGCCAGCGGGGCCUCUGAUGCAGUCAAUGGCAUUCUUGAACUAAUGGUGGGCCUUAUAAUCAAUUUAGCAUGGGGCGAUUCGAUGAACGGCACGCACCUCACUGAACAGUAUGAGCCGAUUAUGAGGUUGUACUGCAAGACCAUGAGGGAUGGGAUUCCGCUUGCCAACACGAUUGCUCAGUAUGCGGAAGACUUCGACAAUAAAGUCAUUGGACUCUGUGCAGAUAGUUCUCUAACUAUGAAUGAGCGUAUAUCGACAAUCCAAGGAUACAUCAAGGAUGCGGAAGGGUACCAAACCACGGCAACUGAGAUGCAGAGCACCCUAGAGUCUGUGUUUGAAAAAACCAUCCAUUUCAUAAACCAGCUCGGGAGCCAGUCACUGAAGAGCGACACGAAGGAGAGGGCAAAAGGCUUCCCAGCACCGAGGUUAACAAAGAAAUUCCCAGACGUGCCGCUCGAUGUACAAAUCCCAGCACUCAGGGUCGCUCUGGAAUCACCUUUCGGGCCAUACGUCAUGAUUGCUGGUCUGCUUGGAGUUGCUAACCCUGAAGCGACCAUCGCGGCCUAUUCUAUUGCUGCGUCUAUGACCAAUCAGGAAUAUGUACCUAUCACAACAGUCAUAUCUGACCUAGCCACGCAGGGGCAAUCAGGAAGUGCAGAGGACACCAACACGGAGUAUUUCAACGAGUUUCGCGAGCAUAUCGGAGUUCUCGCUGGUUACUGGGGAAGUACACUUAUUGAUGCACGAGAAAUCGAGUCAUGGUUGAAAAUGGGCGCCUCUCUCGUAGAUAUACCCACCUACAUGGAAAAAGCGCUGAAUGGAGGGGUCAAGCUCUAUGUGAAAGUAGGCAACUACUUGCGACUGUACGCCGAACAGACCAGCCAGAUACCUUGGGAUCACUGGGUUAAUGCCGAUGAGAAUUCGUAGCUGAACAUAGUGGGCUCUUGUGCUGCCUUCAUCCCUAUGCCUGGCCUGAUGUUGCCGUUUUUAGUAUUCUACACCUUUUUCGUAUUAUAGUAUAGGGCAGUUAUUCAAUGCAUCCUUGUCUGUCC